UUCACUUGACAACCAAAGGUUGACAGUCAAAGCACAGAGUCUGGUCUCCUGUGGAGUGCAACACCACGGGUUGAAAAAUGGGUGACGCUGCCAUGGCAGAGUUUGGGGCUGCUGCUUCUUAUCUGAGGAAGUCAGACAAGGAGCGUCUGGAGGCCCAGACUCGCCCCUUUGACAUGAAGAAGGAAUGCUUCGUUCCUGACCCUGAAGUUGAAUACGUCAAGGCUUCCAUUGUCAGUCGUGACGGUGACAAAGUCACUGCUGAAACUGAAUUUGGAAAGACUGUGACAGUGAAGGAGAGUGAUGUCCACCCUCAGAACCCACCAAAGUUUGAUAAAAUUGAAGACAUGGCAAUGUUCACCUUCCUCCAUGAGCCUGCUGUGUUGUUUAACCUCAAAGAGCGUUACGCAGCAUGGAUGAUCUAUACCUACUCUGGGCUCUUCUGUGUGACUGUCAACCCCUACAAGUGGCUGCCAGUCUAUAACCAAGAAGUGGUUAUUGCCUACAGAGGAAAGAAGAGGAGUGAAGCUCCUCCUCACAUCUUCUCCAUCUCGGACAACGCCUAUCAGUACAUGUUGUCAGACAGGGAAAACCAGUCUAUCCUGAUCACCGGAGAAUCUGGUGCUGGGAAGACUGUCAACACCAAGCGUGUGAUUCAAUACUUUGCCAGCAUUGCCGCUGUGCCAAGUGGGAAGAAAGACGCAGCUGCUGAGAAGAAGGGUACCCUGGAAGAUCAAAUCAUUCAGGCUAACCCAGCUUUGGAGGCCUUUGGCAAUGCCAAGACCAUCAGGAAUGACAACUCCUCUAGAUUUGGUAAAUUCAUCAGAAUUCAUUUUGAUAACCGAGGAAAGCUGGCCUCUGCUGAUAUUGAGACUUAUCUUCUGGAAAAGUCUCGUGUGACCUACCAGCUCAAAGCUGAGAGGGACUAUCACAUUUUCUACCAGAUCUUGUCUCAGAGAAAGCCUGAACUUAUAGAAAUGUUGCUUAUCACCAACAACCCUUAUGACUACGCCUUCAUCUCCCAAGGAGAGACGACAGUAGCCUCAAUCAAUGAUGCUGAAGAACUUAUGGCCACUGAUGAAGCUUUUGAUGUGCUGGGUUUCACUCAAGAAGAGAAGAACUCUAUUUACAAGUUGACUGGUGCCAUCAUGCACUACGGAAACAUGAAAUUCAAGCAAAAGCAGCGAGAAGAGCAGGCAGAGGCUGAUGGCACUGAAGAUGCUGACAAAGUUGCAUAUCUGAUGGGCCUGAACUCUGCUGACCUCAUCAAGGGUCUCUGUCACCCAAGAGUGAAAGUUGGAAACGAGUGGGUCACCAAGGGACAAAAUGUUGCCCAGGUGUAUUAUGCUGUUGGGGCACUGUCUAAGUCAGUGUAUGAGAAAAUGUUCCUAUGGAUGGUGGUAAGGAUCAACCAGUCGCUCGACACCAAGCAGCCUCGCCAGUACUUCAUUGGUGUACUGGACAUUGCUGGAUUUGAGAUCUUUGAUUUCAACACCUUUGAGCAGCUCUGCAUCAACUUCACCAAUGAAAAACUGCAACAGUUUUUCAACCACCACAUGUUUGUGCUGGAGCAGGAAGAAUACAAGAAAGAGGGCAUUGAAUGGGAGUUCAUUGACUUUGGCAUGGAUUUGCAGGCUUGUAUUGACCUGAUUGAAAAGCCCAUGGGUAUCAUGUCCAUCCUUGAAGAGGAGUGCAUGUUCCCCAAGGCCAGUGAUACCACCUUUAAAGCUAAGCUUUAUGACAACCACCUGGGGAAAUCUGCCAACUUCCAAAAACCCAGGAUUGUUAAAGGGAAACCAGAAGCUCAUUUCUCCUUGGUCCAUUACGCUGGUACUGUUGAUUACAAUAUCAACAACUGGCUGGUGAAGAAUAAAGACCCCCUGAAUGAAACAGUGGUUGGCCUUUUCCAGAAGUCAAAUCUUAAACUCUUGGGCAUCCUCUUUGCAGGUUAUGCAGGAGCUGAUUCUGCUCAAGAGUCUGGUGGCAAAGGCAAAGGUGGCAGUAAGAAGAAAGGCUCCUCCUUCCAAACUGUUUCUGCACUGCACAGGGAGAACCUCAACAAGCUGAUGACCAACUUGAGGUCUACUCACCCUCACUUUGUACGCUGCAUCAUCCCCAAUGAGACCAAGACUCCUGGGGCCAUGGAGAACCCUCUGGUGAUGCACCAGCUGCGCUGUAACGGUGUGCUGGAAGGCAUCAGGAUCUGUAGGAAGGGCUUCCCCAACAGGAUCCUCUAUGGAGAUUUCAAACAGAGAUACAGAAUUCUGAACCCCAAUGCCAUUCCUGAGGGACAAUUCAUUGACAACAAGAAGGCUUCAGAGAAGCUGUUGGGUUCUCUGGACAUUGACCACAACCAAUACAAACUGGGGCAUACCAAGGUAUUCUUCAAAGCUGGGCUGUUGGGUCUGCUAGAGGAGAUGCGAGAUGACCGACUGGCACUAAUUAUCACUGCUAUCCAGGCAAGGUCACGAGGUCUUCUGGCAAGAGUUGAAUUCCAGAAGAUUGUAGAACGCAGGGAUGCAUUGUUGGUUAUCCAGUGGAACAUCCGUGCCUUCAUGGGAGUCAAGAAUUGGCCCUGGAUGAAGAUGUACUUCAAGAUCAAACCUCUGCUGAAGUCAGCAGAGACUGAGAAGGAGAUGGCCAACAUGAAGGAGGAGUUUACCAAACUGAAAGAGGCUUAUGCAAAAUCUGAAGCCCGCAGGAAAGAACUAGAGGAAAAAAUGGUCACCCUUCUCCAAGAGAAGAAUGACCUGCAACUCCAAGUUCAGGCUGAGCAAGAUAAUCUCUGUGAUGCUGAAGAAAGAUGUGAGGGGCUGAUCAAGAGUAAAAUUCAGCUGGAGGCAAAAGCCAAAGAGCUGACAGAAAGACUUGAAGAUGAAGAGGAGAUGAAUGCUGAACUGACUGCUAAGAAAAGGAAGCUGGAAGAUGAGUGCUCUGAGUUGAAAAAAGACAUUGAUGAUUUGGAGCUAAGUCUUGCCAAGGUGGAAAAAGAGAAGCACGCCACUGAGAACAAGGUAAAAAACCUGACUGAGGAGAUGGCUGCUCUGGAUGAAAUCAUUGCCAAGCUGACCAAGGAGAAGAAAGCCCUACAGGAAGCUCAUCAGCAAACGCUGGAUGACCUGCAGAGUGAGGAGGACAAAGUCAACACUCUGACCAAGGCCAAGGCUAAGCUGGAGCAGCAAGUGGAUGAUCUUGAAGGGUCCCUUGAGCAAGAGAAGAAAGUCCGUAUGGAUCUUGAGAGAGCAAAGAGGAAGCUUGAGGGAGACUUAAAGUUGGCCCAAGAGAGUAUCAUGGAUCUGGAAAAUGACAAGCAGCAACUUGAAGAGAGGCUGAAGAAGAAGGACUUUGAAAUCAGUCAGCUCAGUGGCAAAAUUGAGGAUGAACAGGCAGUGAGUGCCCAACUCCAGAAAAAACUGAAGGAGUUACAGGCUCGUAUUGAGGAGCUGGAGGAAGAGCUUGAAGCAGAGCGAGCUGCCCGAGCCAAAGUAGAAAAGAUGAGAGCAGACUUGGCCAGGGAGCUGGAGGAGAUCAGUGAGAGGCUGGAGGAGGCUGGUGGGGCAACAGCUGCCCAGAUUGAGAUGAACAAGAAGAGGGAGGUCGAGUUCCAGAAACUCCGCAGAGACCUUGAAGAGGCCACUCUGCAACAUGAAUCCACCGCUGCCACACUCAGGAAGAAACAAGCAGACAGUGUUGCUGACCUGGGGGAGCAGAUUGACAACCUACAGAGAGUCAAGCAGAAACUGGAGAAGGAGAAGAGUGAGCUCAGACUGGAACUGGAUGAUGUGGUCUCCAAUAUGGAGCAGACUGUGAAGGCAAAGAAUAACCUGGAGAAAAUGUGCAGGACUCUGGAAGACCAAAUGAAUGAAUACAAAGCCAAGGCUGAGGAGGGGCAACGUACCAUCAAUGACUUCACCAUGCAGAAAGCAAAGCUCCAAACUGAGAAUGGUGAACUUUCACGGCAGCUUGAAGAAAAGGACUCUCUGGUGUCUCAACUCACCAGAGGAAAACAGUCCUACACUCAACAGAUCGAAGACCUCAAAAGACAACUGGAGGAGGAAAUCAAGGCCAAGAACGCACUGGCACAUGCAGUUCAGUCUGCUCGUCAUGACUGUGACCUGCUGAGGGAGCAGUAUGAGGAGGAGCAGGAGGCCAAGGCUGAACUUCAACGUGGCAUGUCCAAGGCCAACUCUGAGGUGGCUCAGUGGAGAACCAAGUAUGAAACUGAUGCCAUCCAGAGGACCGAGGAGCUGGAGGAGGCCAAAAAGAAGCUGGCUCAGCGUCUGCAGGACGCUGAGGAAGCUGUGGAAGCAGUGAAUGCUAAAUGUUCCUCUCUGGAGAAGACCAAACAUAGACUGCUGAAUGAGAUUGAAGAUCUCAUGGUGGAUGUGGAGAGGUCUAAUGCUGCUGCUGCUGCCCUGGACAAGAAGCAAAGGAACUUUGACAAGGUCUUGGCAGAGUGGAAGCAGAAAUAUGAGGAAUCUCAAACAGAGUUAGAGAGCGCCCAGAAAGAAGCCAGGUCUCUGAGCACAGAGCUCUUCAAAUUGAAGAACUCCUAUGAGGAGUCUCUGGACCAUCUGGAGACCAUGAAGAGAGAGAACAAGAAUCUACAAGAGGAAAUAUCUGACCUCACUGAGCAAAUUGGCGAGGGUGGGAAGAGUAUACAUGAGCUUGAGAAGAUUAGAAAGCAGCUGGAGCAAGAGAAGUCAGAGAUUCAAGCAGCUCUGGAGGAAGCAGAGGCCACGCUGGAACAUGAGGAAGGGAAGAUUCUCAGAGCCCAGCUAGAGUUCAAUCAAGUGAAGGCUGAUAUCGAACGCAAGCUGUCUGAGAAAGAUGAAGAAAUGGAGCAAGCAAAAAGAAACCAACAAAGAGUUGUGGAUACUCUGCAGAGCUCUCUUGAGGCAGAGACUCGCAGCAGGAAUGAAGCUCUCCGUCUGAAGAAGAAGAUGGAGGGAGACCUCAAUGAGAUGGAGAUCCAGCUAAGCCAAGCCAACAGGCAGGCAGCUGAGGCCCAGAAACAACUCAAGUCUAUUCAUUCACAUCUAAAGGAUGCUCAACUUCAACUUGAUGAUUCUCUUCGCGCAAAUGAGGAUAUGAAGGAAAACAUUGCUAUUGUUGAGAGACGAAACAACCUCCUUCAGGCUGAACUGGAGGAGCUGAGGUCAGCUGUAGAGCAAACUGAGAGAGCUCGCAAACUUGCAGAACAAGAGCUACUGGAUGUCAGUGAGAGGGUGCAGCUGCUGCAUUCUCAGAAUACCAGUCUGCUAAACCAGAAGAAAAAGCUGGAGGCCGAUACAUCCCAGCUUCAAACAGAGGUGGAGGAGGCUGUGCAGGAGUGCAGAAAUGCUGAAGAAAAGGCCAAGAAAGCCAUCACUGAUGCUGCCAUGAUGGCAGAGGAGUUGAAGAAAGAGCAGGAUACCAGCGCUCAUCUGGAGCGUAUGAAGAAGAACAUGGAGCAAACUAUCAAGGACCUGCAACAUCGCCUGGAUGAAGCUGAACAGAUUGCCAUGAAGGGGGGCAAGAAGCAGGUGCAGAAGCUUGAGGCCAGGGUAAAGGAACUGGAAAAUGAAGUUGAAGCUGAACAGAGAAAGGCCAGCGAAUCUGUCAAGGGUAUACGCAAAUAUGAGAGACGUAUCAAAGAGCUGACCUACCAGACUGAGGAGGAUCGUAAGAAUCUGGCCCGCCUGCAAGAUCUGGUGGAUAAGUUGCAGCUGAAGGUCAAAUCCUACAAGAAAGCUGCUGAGGUGGCUGAGGAACAGGCCAACACUAAUCUUACCAAGUUCCGUAAGCUGCAGCAUGAGCUGGAUGAGGCUGAGGAACGAGCUGACAUUGCUGAGUCUCAGGUCAACAAGCUACGUGUCAAGAGCCGUGAUAUGGGGUCCAAGAAAGGGCACGACGAGGAGUGAAGCUCAAUGAAUACUUGUCACUGAGGCACCUGUUGCCUGAGUAAUGGUGUCUCCCUAAGCAUGCCUGUUGUUCAGUAGAAUAA